AUGAGUGAAGGCGACAAAGUAUACAAUUAUGGCUUUAGUAGCAGCAAGAGCAACACCAAUAACUCUAAUUCCUAUGAUGAGCCCCCUAAAAAAUAAGGUAAGGCUGGCUACAAUUUCCUCAGAUCUAAUAAGAAAUUUCACCAAAACACAAGUAAAAGUUUUGAGCCUAAAGGGUUCAAUCCUAAUAGUUCAUUCAAGCCAGACAAGUUUAAACAAGAUUAUAAUUUAGGCAGGAAGAAGCUUUCUGCUGCAAAUGGAGACAAAAAAGAAUCUGAGCCAUCCAGCAAAAAUAGUUGGCAAAAAAAGAAGAGCACGCCACCACCAGCAGCAACGAAUAAUGGUGGUGAUAAAGGAUCGUAGAAUAGAUAGACGUAUGCCUAUGGAAAUGUUAUCAAACCACUUCAAAAAAUAUAUACUUAAUUGACUAUCGAGGGUAUAAAGAGAUUGAUUACUAUUGGUAAUGGAAAUGCUAGCGGUGGAAAUCAUUUUGAACCAGAUAGUGACAAAGAUCUAAUAGUCCAAGUUAUAUUGAUUAAAUACCUUGAAGAUAGCAAAAAUAUGAAAGCAAGGUUGAUGAUAUCAGAUGGAAAUUGGGCAGUAAUGGCGGACGGAAAAGAAAUUUAAUAAUUUGAUGUUAUUAAAUGCUCAAAAGUGCUCACAAAGACUUAUGAUUCAGAUUAAGAUUAAAUUGUACUAGUUAUAACAUACCCUCCUUAAGUUGUUUAUUCAAAUCUUAAAGCCAGAAUUGGUAAUCCAAAAGAAAUGACCAAAUCUUAAUCUUAAUCCUAAAUGCCAAAAGAAAAUUUACAGCCAGCUAAGAUUCCUUACAAUGUAAUCCUAUAAAACUCCACCAUUCAAGAGUUUGAGCUUGUAUAUCAAGAUGGUGGAUUCUUACCAAUAGCCAAAUUGACUCCUUAUAUGGGAGGGAGAUGGAGAAUAAAAGCUAGACUGACCAAGAAAGGAGAUAGAAGGUCAUGGAAAAGUGACAAAGGAGAGGGAACAUUGAUGAAUGUAGAACUUAUAGAUGAGGAUGGAACGACUAUCUAGGGCACAUUCUUCCAAGAUAUUGCUGACAAAUUUUAUGAUUUGUUGAGAGAGAACUGUGUCUAUGUAAUGACAGGAGGAUUAGUUAAAAAUGCCUCCUCAAAGUUUUCAUCAAUCAAGCACGACUACUGUAUAGUAUUUGACAAAUUCACUGAGAUUUCUGAAAUUGAUGAUGAUGGUACCGUAGCUUAGGAGAAAUCUAAAUCAGGCUUUAAUUUUAGUUCGAUAGACAAGAUAGCUGAGAUGAAUCCUAUGGAGUCAGUUGAUAUUCUAGGCAUCGUAUAUAUGGUUGGGCCAGUUGGCUCUGUACAACUAAAAAGUGGAGAAUAUAAGUAACGAAGGAAUAUUUUAAUAUGCGACGAAUCUAAUCUUACUAUAUGUGUGUGCUUCUGGGGUGAGAAAGCCAGCUCUCAUGAUUUUAGUGGCUAGCCAGUGGUUGCUGUAAAAAAUGCCAAGGUCAGUGAUUUUGCCUAAAAAAGUCUUAAUGCCAACGAAGAUUCUCAAGUAUUCUUCAACUGCUAAUUUGACAAAGCUAAAGAGAUGAGAAGUUGGUUUGAUUCAUUAGAUAAAGAACAUGAUUUUCAUGCUUUAUCAACAGGAACUGGCUUAGAAAAUAUGAUGAAAGAACCUCCUAAAGAUGAAACUUUACUAAGGUUUUGUUAACCAUAAAAAGAUAUCCCACCUAGCAUGCAGAGUACAAUUAAAAAUAAUCCUGAAGAAGGAAAUACCAUAGAAUAAGAUGUAGAGAUGUAAGAAGGAGAUGAAAGAGAAGAUACUGAUAUUGGAGGCGAAAGAUCUAUUUCCCCAAAUGAGAUAAGGAAAAAACUAUUUGAAGAAAGAAGAAAGAGUUUUGCUAGAAGGUGGUUUACAAAGUACAACUACUUUUAAAAGAUGAGAGAAUAGAAAGAAAUCUCUAAAAGAGGUAGAGCAAGCAGUGGAAUCGGUGAAGAAAGAAUAAUGUAAAUGGAAUUAGCAAAGUCUAUGGCAACUAGAGCAAGAAAAAGAGGAAGAAAGCCAAAGUAAUAAGAAAGCGUCCUUGGAUUACCAUAAGAAUUUAAAUUCAGUUACGCGAAUGGAAACAAUAAAAAAAGAGGAAGAAGACCGGGUAAAAUAGGAGAAUCGUCUGGUCCAGGCGGAGUACCUGGAGUGGACAAUUAUUGA